UCAAACUACACAACUUAACACAAGGCUACCGGCUGCAGCUGAGCAGAUUGACUGGCCAGGAGAUGCCUGCCAUACCCACAGAAACAGGGCUGCCUAUCCCCGGCAAUACUCCACAUGCCAUCUCCGUCACUCUCCCAACAUGGGCAGCCAACGUCGGCUACGAAGAAGGCGCAGAUUGGGUCGUCAGCAAGAUGCAGUGUGGCUAUCCACGCUUCUUUAUCGCUAAAAACAUCGCAAAACUCGCUGAACGGUGCGUGACGCGCUUCGGUAAACCUGGUGAAGCAGCCAUGUUGUUCCCGAGCAUGGCAUGUGCCGAGCGAUGCCGCCUGUUCAUACUCGACAAGUGCAGUGAGGCAAAAGUGCGUGUGGCAGAAUUGCAUGAUCUAUCACCUGCACUGCGUCAUGCUGGUGGAAGUUCAUUGUGUGUGGUGCUUUAUGAGGCCUCUCUCUUCCCCUUGGCCAAGCAGUACUGGCAGCACACAGGUGAGGGCAUCUCUUCAAGGCAAGCGGACUAUUAUCUGCGUCAAGUAGAUCAAGCACAACCAAAAGAUACUGUUGAAUUCAAAAAAGGCGGAAGCAACAGACACUACAGCCGUCAGCCGUCCACAGACAAAUCCAUUACGCGGCAUAGCAGCUCAGCAGCCGCUGGAGAUGCGGAAACGCUCAACCGCGACCAAUUGACCUAUCUUGAAGAACGCUACGGCCGUAAUCUCAAUUUGCAAAGUGUGGAGCAAGCAAAACUUGCUGUGCGACGGCGGAUUGCUGGUUCGUUAACCUUGACUGAUUCGCCCGAAGUGGCACUGGAAGCUAAAGAAGAAUCGCCUGCUCACCAGCGCGUCGGUGUCGACGACGUUUACCUUUUCCCAACAGGCAUGACAUCCAUCUUCCAUGCUCAUCAGCUUGCUCUCAGCGCUUUACCGGACGGCUCUCAACGCAAGUCUGCUUGUUUCGGGUUUCCAUAUACCGACACCCUCAAGAUUCUCGAAAAAUGGGGACCUGGUGCACACUUCUUCGGUCGCGGCGAUGCGCAAGAUCUGGUCAAGCUCGAGGCUAUGCUUGCAGGAGGCGAGCGACUAUUGGCUCUUUUCUGUGAGUGUCCCUCGAACCCAUUGUUGCGUACACCGCCACUCAAGAAGCUCCGAGAAUUGGCAGACCAGUAUGGCUUUUUGAUUGUCAUUGACGAGACAAUUGGCAAUUUCAUCAAUGUUCGCGUUUGUCAGUAUGCAGACAUCAUUGUCUCUUCCCUGACAAAGGUCUUCUCUGGAGACUCCAAUGUCAUGGGUGGUUCAUUCAUCCUCAGUGCCAAAGCACUAUUCUACAAACAACUCAAAGAUCAACUCACCAAGACGUACGAAGACAACUUGUGGGUCGAGGAUGCCGUCACGCUCGAGCGCAAUAGUCGUGAUUUCAUCAGUCGUAUUGAACGCAUCAACCAGAAUGCAGAAGCUUUAUGUGAGCUCGUGCUGAAACAAGACAUCAAAGCGCUGCACUACCCAAAGUAUGGCGAAACAAGCGCCAACUAUGAAGCUAUCAAAGCGCCUGACGGCGGCUAUGGUGGCCUCUUGAGUAUUACUUUUGACUCUGUCGAAGAAGCUGCUGUGUUUUACGAUGCUCUGCAUACCUGCAAAGGUCCAUCACUUGGCACAAACUUUACACUGUCAUCGCCGUACACGCUAUUGGCACAUUUCACGGAAUUACCGUGGGCCGAGACGUGGGGUGUGGAUCAGGCACUUGUGCGUGUCUCUGUUGGGCUUGAACCGACGGGUACGUUGCUAGAGACAUUUGAGACUGCAUUCAAAGCACUCACUGCGUUCAAACAGAGCUCAGUGGCGUAACGUGACGCUUUGGGCGAGCCUGUGCGUACAACCAUCUGAACAACCCUAUAUCCUGUCCUUCCUUCCUCCACUGUCCUCGCUAUGCAUCCUUCAUUCUUCACAGCUACAUUGCUCGUCAUCUCUUCAGUGUGGGCUCAAAACACAUCACUGUCCUCUUGUCUGACCAGCAAAUGCCCAGCAUCAGCACCAUGCUGCACACCUUACGGACAAUGCGGGACAGGGUCGUACUGCCUAGGUGGCUGUGAUCCACGACUUUCCUUCAGUAUUGCUUCAUGCAUGCCUAUGCCGAUUUGCAAAUCGCAGUCGUAUUCGUUCUCCUCGCUUGCUCGGGUCGAUAAUGGAUCUGGGUACUUGGGAGACGCAGGAGCCACGGAUUUCACGUCCUCUGGGCCCAUUCAAA